GGCCUGGUGAAGCUAUUUGAGUAAAAAAGAUUGUCAAUUAACUCAUCGAUUCAUCUCACUCGGCAUUGCAUCUUGACUUCAAUGAAACAAACAUGGCGUCCGCGACAUCCAGCGCAAUCUCAAGAUCCCAGGAAUACUUAAGCUUUCGGAGUACUGUUCCUUUAAGAAGGGUAGGUUUCUAAAGCUUGUAUUUCGUUUUUUUGGCUAAUAACGAGGCUUUUAUUAAAACUGAUGUCUUCAUUUCUUGCGGAAGUCAUCACACUAGGCACGUGGAAGCUUGUUUGUGCGCGCAAGAACAGCCCAUCAAUCGAAAACAAAAUAAUAAUCACUUUAUGUCAUAUUGUCUGUGUGCUGUUAUCAGUAUGAUUUAAAAUAUCAAGUAAGUGUUUAAUCUGAAUGUGUGCUAUUGCUAUGUUAUUAUUGCGGAAAGGCCUCUGUAAUGUAAUUGUCAUUAUUAAUUAGCUGAGCCAGCUAGUGAAAGUGCUUUCAGUAAAUCAUUAUUUAAUUAUUAUUAUUAUUAAUCUUAACUUUUCUUGUGUUUGAAGUGCUUGAUUGCUCAGUAUAAUAGUAAAAUAUCAGUCAACGACACUUGCAGACCCAUGGGAAAGUACUAGUGGUGAAACAAAACAAAAGACAACAAUAAGAAAUGGACUCAAGCAAAACUGACCUAUGACAUUUAGAGUCUUCAUAAGCAAUAACGUCAUGACCUGUAUUAACUUGUUAACCAGUGACGUCAACAACCAGACUUUGAUACCAUCAACUGAUGUGAUACAAUUCACUUUGACUCUGAAGAUGACUAUACUGCGCAGGUUGUCAAAAUGUCAGUCACUGACAACAAAAAUCCUAUUCAGGACUACGCUGAAGUGGACUUAGCUGUUGUCAAUAGUGCAUCACCAUAGAGCUGGAAAGUCCUAGCACAGAACACACUCUUUGCUGACUUUUAGCACAUCAUUGUCUCUUUUUGUCUAAUCAAAGCCAAAAAUUAAAGGCUUAUAACAACAACAACAAAACUAAUUCAUCGUUCACGCAUGACUUCACAUAUUCCAAGUCCAUUACUGUCCAAAUCUGCUUAUAGCUUUUCCCCAUACCAGAGAAGAUUUCUGGUGGAAAUAUUUUUACCUGAGUAUUUUGCUUGCUUUGUUGUUUAAGAUCACAAACAUUUAUGUCCUUAUCUCAAUUCACUGUAAAGGAAAUUUUAUGAACAUGCAUGUAGCUCUAUAAAAUAAUUCUAAAAGCCAAUGUCAAAGAUAGGCCUUAUAGAGACUUACUAGCCUGAUUGGCUAGCAAGUAAAUUGUGUUUUGCUAGCCUCAUGAAAGUUUCCACUGUGAGAUUUUCAAUCUCUGCUGGUUGAGUUCGCAAGAUAAACAUGUCGCCAUUUUUUCAUUUAUUAUGCAUACUGCAGAUUGUGGUUGACAGUUCUGAUGACAAGGAAUGGUUGAUAUAUGAUGCCGGACCUCGUGGUGUACGCUGUCCACUUAUUUGUUUACCUCCAGCCAGUGGCACAGCUGAUGUGUUUUUCAAACAAGUUCUUACCCUGUCCAGCCUUGGAUAUAGAGUCAUAUCUGUGAGUGUCAUAUGUUGUUGAUAAGAAGUCAUGCCUUUGCAAGACUGUGAUCCUUGUAUUCCCUGGUGGAUACCCCUAGAAAAUUCUGAUGGGGGUGUGAAGUAUGCUUCUUGAAACCACGACCCUUUAUAAGACCAAAGUAUGUGGUUUUUGUUUCUCCAUUUCACAUCUCAAACAUUUUUUUCAAGAAGAAAGUGAUUGUAAAAGCUUAUAUAUCCCAAUGAUGUCAGAUCCGGGACAAAAUAUUACCCUUUUUCAGUUCCAAACAGUUAAAAUCUGGACCUAAUUUCAAACCAAGAAGGGUCAUAUACCAUACCCUUUGGUACCUCCCCCUCCUUAGGUUGUGAUCCAUCACUGUGUUGAGAGAAUUAAUGGUGGUGCUUCACAACUCAUGCAAGAAUGAAGAAAUAUUUUUUAAAAAAAGCCCAGAUUAGAGUAACUCUUAAAAAGGCUAUAGCUGCAGCUUAAAUUGCCCGUUUCUGUCUGAAGAAGUACCGAAAAAGAACCAAAACUACCCAAAACAUUGUUGGAGCAAUUUAGGUUCCUGGGAAACUGUCCACCUACCCCUCACCUAAUCUUCACAUUAACACUUACUUCUCACUUAGGGCAAAAUGUUGGCUUAGGGGAGGGGUAGGUGAUCAGUUUCCCAGAAGCCUAAAUUGAUCCACAUUGUUUACAACUAAAGUGCCAGGCUAAUGCAUCUGUUGCUGAUGCAAAAUCACAGCUUUCGAAUAGUGGAGAAGGCAAAAUUUAGAGUUUUGGAGUUUAAAGUGACACCUUUCACUUUCUUCCCUCUUUUCUUGCAUAAAAUAAUUAAUUUUUUUUGAAAAAAAUGUUCUCAUUGGCAAAGUAAAAGCAUACAGUUUAAAAUAUACAGUCAACUCUCUCUAAGACAGACACCUUUGGGACUGGCACUAAGUGUCGGUCUUAGAGAGGUGUCCGUCUUAUAGAGAGUCAAAUAAAAAGAGUAAAGAAAGGCAGGGACCAACUCUAGGUGUCCAUUUUACAGAGGUGUCCUUCUUAUAGAAGUGUCCGUGAAGAGAGAGUUGUCUGUAAGUGAAAAUGUCAAUACAGCUCUUGAAGAAAUAAUUAACAAAUAAAUUGAUACAAAAUAUUAUUAUAACAUGUUAAUGCACAAACAGUUGUAAUAUUACGAUGAGAAGAUUUGACUAUAUAAACCAUGUGUUUUUUGGAGAAGAAUUUUUGGAGUCUUUUGGAGUAUCAAAAUCUAGAUCUACAUGUAUGUUAUUUCUAUUAACCUGACAGAAUUUUGAAGCUACAGAAUUGUGUUGCUGGUGAAUUUGUUUGGUCUAUUUUGUUGUGUUCAGGUUGAGUAUCCUGUAUACUGGACUUACUCAGAAUGGACUGAAGGUUUUAAGAGACUGUUGGAUUUUUUGCACCUUGAUGAGGUUAGUACUGAGCCUAACAUUAAGAAAACGUGCUCUAUAAGACUGUCAGGCUCUUGUUUUUAUCAGCUCUUGCUUUCUGUGAGCCUUGAAUUUCUUAAUUUUAAGGUUAAGUCAACAUUACUUCCAGGUGCAGAUCCACACUGAUUUUCACCAUUUUACAGAAAUCAGUCAGCUGUUUCAUAAUAAACAUAUUUUUAAUAAUAAUGGAACUUUCCAAGUUGAAAUCUGGAAAAUGGUCAGGACAAAAUAAUGUUUUCUUUCUCCAAUUUCCGGUCAUUAGAUGCCCCUCGAUGAAUCAGAAAUCCGGGAAAGGGAACUUUAGGGAAUUAAAAUCCAAAAAAAUUCACAGGGGUGCAUGCCCUCAGGGUCCCCUAGAGGCUUGUUCCCUCGUUUAGGAAAUCAGUCAGUAUUUAUCCUAGAUCCAUGCCUGACUACCUUGGCUGAUAAAGAAUAGGUCAACACAGAGCUCACUUCAUGUGAUUUUAUUUUUCUUAUGUUUAUGUUCCAUGGUCCCCAGACUAGUCUACUGUUAUUUCUUUAUUUUUCUAUUGGUUAUUUUGAGACUGGGUCAGUGUUGUGUCCAGUCACACUAUAUGGUUAGUGUUUUGGGGGAUGAAUUUGAACCCAUUUUCACUUGCAGCAUCAUAGUAGCCAAUAGAGAAAUAUUAUAAAGACUCUAAAUAAACAGUGUCAUAAAGCACUUAAGCAUGACACUGAACCAACUCAUGUGCAACCUCAAAAAUAGCCAAAUGUUACCUAGCCUCCCUCGCAGGCAUUUUUAGGGGAGCUCAUUUUUCAUCCCUCCCCACAAAUGCCUGCUCAACCAAAGACAACAUUCCUUUCCAAGCUUAGCCAAUCACAUUGUACUUUCUACAUUCUGGAAAGUUGACCUUGAAAGCAAGGUAAUCUGAUAAUGACUCGAUCUGCAUGAAACACUGGGAAAGCUUUCUGACCUCUAAUGAAUGUUAGAUUCAGAGUGGCAAAAAUAAGGUUUAUUCAAAUUUUAGAAUACUCCAUGCACUGCAUAACCUUAGCGAAGGAAAGAAAAGAAUGAAAACGGUAACUCUAGGGUCAUGUUUUAGUCGUUUUUAGCCUGUCAACACUUUAUUGCCCAACUGUUGAUUGGUCACUUACCACGUAAAUAAAACAAUGGGAAAGGAAUGUUGUUUUCAGUUGAGCAGCCGUUUGUGGGGAGGGAUGAAGAACGAACUUCCCUAAAAACACCUGCGUGGGAAGCUAAAUGUUACCAAGCCUCCGUUUCUUUCAGCCACCCCUUUCAAUUCCCUUCCACAAUUCUUCUAGGUCACAGUUGUUCCAAAGGUUUUUAAUGCCAUCUAUCGGACAAAUCUCUAUCCAGUGGAUAAUGCAAUAGGUUUUCUUGAUACUUAUCUGCUGGAUAGCGAUUUUUCUGACAGAUAGUACACUCUAACAUUUCAACAACUGGGGCCAGGUUAACAAAUCUUGAAACAUACAUAACACUCAUAAAACUAAUUUUUUGUUUUAGGUCCAUCUGUUUGGAGCUUCUCUUGGUGGUUUUCUUGCUCAGAAAUUUGCAGAAAUGACCCACAAAAGUCCCAGAGUUCAUUCCCUAAUACUUUGUAAUGCUUUUGCCGAUACAUCAGUAUUUCAGCAAACUGCAACUGCAUCUACGUAAGUCAAUACAUUUUUAUCUUAAGUCAAAUGUAACAAGAAAAAUAGAAAGAUCAAUAGGCAUGAAUUUCAACUGGCUUGCCUACAGGAGAGAAGUGAAGCAGUAGACUACAGAGCUAGAGGUCAUAGAUUAUAUUUCCAGUGCAUGUACCAGGUUCUCAAAAUAACUGAGAAGUGAGGAAUCCUCCUCUGCUGUGCUAAUAGGCCACUUGCACUAAGAGGUCACGUGACCAAUGCUUCCUUUAAACAAUGAGUUGGAAUCUUGCUGAUGCCAAAACUUGACAGAGCACAUAAAAAUUAGCGUACACCCGAAAUUUGAGAGGAAACGCAUUUAAGGGAGAUAUUUUAUGGCACGUUGAUUUUUCAACAAAGUAGUAUGAUUUGUAUUGGCCGCCAUGUUGGAGGGCAUACUCUUGCCCUCCAACAUGGCGGCCAAAACUACUUUUUCCUUAUAUCUUGUUAAACGUUUGAUAGUUACGGUCAGAUGUGCUGUAAACGUUACCACAUCAUUUUUUCAACAUCUUCCUUGAAGUUUAAGUGCAAAGCUUGUGUUCAGAAAGAAGUAAUUCAUAAUUUUAAAAAUCACAUUUUGGUCACGUGACCAACUACGAACUUACUCAUUUUAAGAAAAUGGUGCGGGUUUGAAAAACCAAAUCACUAUUAUUCUGUUUAAGAUAUGACCCACUAAUCGUUUUUUGAAGGCAACAUCAUAUAGCUUUCAUUUUCAUAAAACUAUGUCACGUGACCUCUUAAUGCAAAUGGCCUAUUAACAGUUGGACCUUGGUGUGGUUCUCUUGACCAUGCACACAGAAGGGGUACUGCAAUAUAUGGGUUAUAUAGGGUUUCAAGCAGUUUAAGCCGGGAUAGGGUAUAUAAAUCAGAGAGUGUGUUGGGUCUAGAAUAAGGUGUCAUAUUCCAGGAAACUGAUCAACUGGUUGAAGAUUUUAGUCUAGACUAGGGAAACUGGGAAUUGCCACUUAAAAUUAAUAUAUAAGAAAUCAAAUAGAUUUUGUUUUGGCUGGACUGUGCUAGUAACCUCAGUAGUUUCUGGAAAACAGUUACUCUAGGAUAGGGGGGAUUUGGAGAGUUCAGUCUAGUAUAGUGUAGCAAAAUUCAGCAGAACUAGCUCUGGUAUAGGCUGAGGGUUCCAGGGUCCCAGUAACAUCAUAUCCCCACCCCAAAAUUCCUAAAGUACCUCUCCCCCCCCCCCGAGAGUUCCUUACUCCAGAAACAUACAAACCACUGUGUCCUCAGUAAUUGAGGACACUCUAGUAUCUAUUGGUAUUCUGUGCUAUAUUCAUUGACACUUCUUUAGAAUUCUAUGUAUUUUUUUUUUGUGCUUUUGAAUAGGUUCUGGGUGAUGCCUGCUUUUGUUUUAAAGAAAAUGAUAAUGAACAAUUUCACAACACAAGAGGUUGAUGAAGACAUUGCUGACUCAAUUGAUUUCAUGGUGGAGAGAGUGAGUGAAUCAUUUGUUUUUACGUCAAUUUACAGCAGCUUCAAUAGAAAUGUAACUUAUUUUAAAAAUCAAGAAUUGUAGCUCCUGUUUUAUAGACCAUUUUACAGUUGUGAGCUCAGUAUCCUAGCCCUUGGCGGAACGUAUGGCUGAAGUUGACCUUGUUUUGAUACAACCUCAUUCCUUUUCUUAUGGAAAUUAUGCUUAGAAAAUACCACUUGGCAUAAGAACAACAUAAUUCACAUAAUAAAGCAGGAGGGGUCGGACAACUCCAGCCUCGUUUCCACCUGUGACUAAAAAAUGGUCUAUUUGUAGAUUUUUAGAUUUGUAUAAAUUUUAAAAUUGUUAGGGAAUUGUAGAAUAAUUUAUAUGCACAUGUUUUCUUCGCUAUUAUUUUUGUUUAGUACUAUAGACGUCUUGACUAUUUGUCUAUUCCCUUAGUGUCCUCAAUUAGCUUGUAUAAAAUAGCUAAACACAUCAUCACUUAAAUAAAGUUGUUAUGGUAUGCUAUCUGUUUUUUUUUUUAGUCAAUUGCAUAUGGCCAUCAAUUCCCCCCCACCCCUACCGAUCCUGAUUUUUGUGCUUUUUUGUUAUCCAAAGUAACUGGUUGACCAUACCCCAAAGUGGUUGAAACAUGCAGAAAUGAUAACAGGCUCGAAUUAUGUCCACAAGUAAUUCUUUUAUGAAAGAGGAAAUACUCUCCAGUUGGCUUGAUUAGCUUAAUGGAUAGAGCAUUGUGUCUGGUCUUAGUAAAGGUUAGGGUGCGUUUCCCAGUCAAGCCUGAAUUCUUUUAGGUUCUUUUUCAACCGCUUAGGUUGUUUAUUCGACCGCAAGGAUCAUUACCACUUUCUUAUCUUUAUUCACAGUUCAAAAUAUCAUAUAGACCUAUUUCAAAAAAGGUUGUCGGAGAGAUUGGGGAAUGGUAAUUGUCGAAAAAAGAUUGUACGACUGAAAGGAUCUGUAGGUUUUGAAUAUUGAUGGUAAAAAAUCAUCUAUCUAAGCUAGUCAACGAUGCCAGCUCCAUUUAGUGAAGACCUUCGAUAGCAGGUUAUUUCGUUUGUCCAUGUUCUUCAGCAUUCAGUUGCAGAGGCUUCAUUUUUCUUGGGCAUUUCUGAAAGAACAGUUGAGCGCCAUAUUUCUAAAUUUCUUGUGACUGGCAAAGUAAAGUCGGAGACAAUAGGCCGUUCAUACGAGGAAACAAGGAACAUCUCUCAAUUGAAAAAAUCAUGAUUUUCUUUUGUCUUCGGGGUCAAGGACCCUCAGACAAAUGUUCAUAGUUGGUGUAUUCAUUUUCACGCAAGGUGAACGCAACUUAUGGUGGUAGCAUAUGCUGGUACCUUGGUAGAAAUUACAAGGGACUAUGCAGAAUAUCAUCCCAUGCACUUUCAUUGGUCAAUUUGAGGUCACAUGACAUCUAUAAACAAACCUUUUUCACACCAAAAUACCUUGAGUGGGCAGCAUUGCAAAAUCUAUAACAUCAGAGGCUAACAGUGCUCUGUUACACACAAAUUUUUACGGGUUAUAUAACAAAAUUACUUAAAAUAAUGACUGUUCUCGGGAAGCUUGGCUUUUCUGUGAAAGUAACUGGGUUUCAUGAAUUUAGUAGCCAGGGAAAUCUCCAGUUCCCAGUGUCUUAGUGACAGACCUGAACUAAAACAUUAUAAAUCUUGAGUUUGCCUUUUGUUAAGUAGAAUAUUAUAGUACUGAGUAUAUUGCAAGUUGUUGUUCCUUUUGGCUGACCUUAUAAUUUGGUUUCUAAUAAUAGCUUGAAAGCUUGGGAAGAAACGAGCUGGCUUCACGACUGACUCUAAACUGUUUGGACUCUUAUGUUGAGCCACAAAAGCUGCAUGGCAUUCCUACAACCCUUAUUGAUGUAAGUUCAUAGUUUAUAGUAGUGCAUAGUUUAUUUGGGGGGAAGGGCAGGGUUCUAUGUCGGGUAUUUGAGGGGUAGAAGCUUCCCCCGCAAAAUGCCCAGCUUCCCCCCCAAAAAAUUAAUAUUGUUGUCAUUACAGUGUUAAGUCACUGCAGGUCACUGCACACACUGUAAUACUUCUCAAAAUUGUGUAUCAAAAUGCACCAAAUUGCAUCUCAGCACGUAUUCAUUUCAAAAAUUUUGGGAAAGGGGCAUGUUCCUAGACCACCCUAGGAAGCUCGUGGCCUUCUGCCACUCGGGACUUCUCCCUCAAACGAUAAAUCCUAGAUAGAACCCUGAAGGGAGGGGGGGAAGAGUUCCAAAGAAAGUUCUAUAGAGGCAGUCUCCCCCCCAAGGUCUAAUCCCUUUCCCUUUUAUAUACUAUUUUUGACAUAAAAGGUACCCCUUUCCUUUACAAAGACCCUCUGUCUAUUGACAAAUGGUACCCCUUUCACAUACCUAGUUUAGAAUGUUGACUCCCUUUUAACAGCUUUAACCCAUUCACUCCUGGAUAUUUUGCCGAAAAACGCGUUUUGAAGCUAGUCGAGUGGUUUUCUGGUCACUGUCGUGCUAUAAAGAGCUAAAACUUACCACAAACCGGUUUACAGGUCGUACACUUGGCGGCCUUCUGAUCCAGAUGCAAAAUAUCAGCUUGCGAAGUUCGGGCAUGCGCAGAAAGCAAAAUUUCUCUCCUCCCUUCUUUUUUCGCUUUUCUUGCCUCACUUUUUUUUUCUCUUGCUGGGCAUUUAGUAGGCUUCAUUUUGGUGGGAAGAGUUUUUAGGAAAGCUUUUAGGAUCUUAGGAUUAGGUGAAAGGAAAGGUAGGUGGGUAAUGGAACAAGAUUUUCAUGGAGAUUUUCAGGUCCUUGUCACGUGGCUUUUUGCUUCUUUCUCCGGUAUCCUUGACUGAAUUGUGCUCAUUCUGGUAUGGUUUGAAAGAUCUCUUCACUCUGCACAAGUUAGCGAAGAAAGUUGUCCUUGACCGUUAAAACUGAUGACGUCACAAAGGGUAGAAAGGACCUGGAUCCGCACGGGCGGUUACGGGCGGUUCAGGGGCGAAUGGGUUAAGGGCACUGUCUUUAAAGAAUGAAAAAAAAAUCACAAAACCAGGAAAUGUUUUUGACUUUUUAACUGCCAUAAAUUCUUUCAUUAGCCCUUUUAGGUCUUUUUACAGGCCCAAAUGACAUAUUUCCCUACCCUUUUAUAUACUUCAACUAGUCAAAUCCCUACCCUUUCAUAAUAACUGUCAGGCCUGAAAAAGGCACCCCUUUUGGGCCGAGCCUCCUAAUACAAACCAUUAUAGGGAGUGCCCCCCCCCCCCCCACCAGGGAAUAAAGCCACCGAAGGGGGCAAUAGAACUGUUUUACAUUUAAAGAACACGACAAAUGUUUACAAUCUUCCAACAUCCUAAGUGAGCUCAUUACAAUCUAUUUGUCACCGUUUGUAACAUUUCAGAGAGAAAUGAUUAGUAAUGCAUUUAUUAGGUUUUUGAUGACUGCGCGCUGUCACAGCCAGUCAAGGAUGAACUGUACAAGUGUUACCCAGAUGCUAAGAGAGCUCAUUUAAAGAAGGGCGGCAACUUCCCAUAUAUUUGCAGGAGUGCAGAUGUGAAUCUCUAUCUUCAGGUAGGUCUUUUGUUGGCAAAUUUUUCUUUUGUUACAAAGCGAUAAAUUAAGCGAAAGAUGGCACCAGUCAUUUGAUAAGAGAUUAAUUGAUUGGAUUUUAAAUUACUGGUAAAUAUCCGGUAUUUAUUUUCAAAUUCGGUCAGGUUAAUCGAUUUUGGAAGGUUUAUCAUACACUAAUCCGGUUGCAAUCCUGUCAAUUGGGUCACCCGGAGGACUUUUUUUUUCUGUAGUCAACAAACAACAGACACUCGUAAGUGUUUAACUCGUUUGUUGGAUGAAAGUUCAGUCGCUACGUUAAUGCCCACGGUUCUUUAAGUGAAUAUCCAAGUGAGAGUUUAAAGGAAAGCUUUUUUUGUCAACGUUUGGGUUUGAUAGAUUCGUACUUGUUUGGCCGGUAAUUUUUAGUUGAACGUUUGCCUGUGUAAAGACCCGCCCUUUUCUGAAAGGGAAGAGUGGUUGUACACUGUAAUUUUAUGCGUCUCUGUAGAUCCACCUUCGACAGUUUCUUGGAAAACGCUUCAGUGCCAUGGAUCCCAAAUUUAUGACUGAAGAAGAUAUGAUGUCGUGUGGUCUGUUGCCAUCUGCCGAGCCGCCGUCUGUUAUGUCUUCAGACGAGGAAGAAGAUGAAUGAUGUUUCAAUUUGAAUUAUAUUUUAUAGAUAAAGAGAUAGGUUUUCUAAUUACUGUGUCAGGACCAAAGCCUGGGGGGAGGGGGAGGGGGUACUCCCUAUAAAGGCCUAUACGGGGAGGCUCCGCCCGAAAGGGGUACCUUUUUUAGGCUUCAGGUGUAUGAAAGGAUAGGAUUUCACUAGUUGAAGUUUUUGAAAGAGUAGGGAAAUCUGUGAUUGCGGUCUGUGACGGACCUAAAGGGCCGGGCUAACUGCCGCAUUUUUGGCUGUAAAAAUGGUUUAGUGAUUUAUUCAUACAUAGUACUUACAAGGGAUGCAGCGUUCUAAAGUAAAACUAGUAUUUGAAAGGGGUACCGUUUGUCAAUGAAAGGUACAUGUAAGGGGUGCCUUUUUGCACCUUUUUGGUAUAUAUGUUGCGGUUCAAUUUUAUCCUCGGAUUAAAUUUCGUUCUCUUUUGCUUUUGUA